AUGACAAACAUCGCAGACUCCCCGCUAUACACAGGCGGGAUGGAUCCAACCGCACAACCGGUGCCGUGCCACCCCCCGCUCGAGUUAUCCUCUUGCCCGGAGUACUUUGAAAUCGACGCCCGGCAGGGUCAUAAGAAUCCAGGUGUGCGCUCUGCGCCUGCGCCAAAUUUAAGGGGCGGAUCCGACAGCAUAGUGCGCGUCGGAGACGCCGUGUAUUCGAAUACGGCCAUGUAUUAUGUUUGCGGAUUGAGAUACAUCUCCAAAACGAACACCUUCGUCGCGCGAGUGUACCGUCUUCUCUCGACCACCACCCUACGCAAGACGACUCCCUCGGCAGAGCUGCCGAGCACUUUUAACACGAUGUUUGGCCGGCUGGAAGUGUGCGCGCAGCUGCCCAGCAUGGAAGUUCUCACCUCCCUGUUCACAAGCCGCGCGACCGUCACCGUGUUCGACCCGACCACCGUAUCCCUCCCUCUGAGCAACAUUCCGUUUCGUUAUCUCCGUCACAACCUGUUCCUGAAGUCCACCCCCUCGGGUGCAGGCGCUAACCCUUGCUACGUGAUGGUGAACCGCAACAGGAACGUGAUCUGUCCUGGGAAGUGCCGAUUCAGCCACAUAUAUCGGCCGGACAUCGACGUUCUGCGGUACUGUUACCGUUGCCACGCUUGGUUCCACCAUGGCUGCCUCGUCACCGCAGGCGAGGAGGGCCUCGACGAUCUACUGAGCCGCGACUUGUGGUGGGGACCGCCCACUCCGACGGCUACGCGGACGGACAUCUUGUGGUGGUUCCUGGUGUCGGGCCCCAUCGAGCGACAGUCGCUCGACAUCAAAGGCAGGUCCAAGGAUAGCAAGCCGCUGGUCGACAAGGACACUGUCCUCACCGGAUGGGAGAGGUACAUCUAUUUCGCUCGAGACACGCAUACUCGCUACGGACCUCCCGCCGACAUCGAUGCGUGGAUACGCAGCGUCAACUUCCCCGCCGUCAAGGCGCUCGAAUACUGCAUGACGCAUCGUUUCCGUAAUGUGCCUCGCUAUCAUUGCUCUGUGUGUCUCAAUUGUGUGUAA